GGCCAAGGUAACGCGAUUUGAUCCAAGCUGCGCAAUUUCGAUCGACUGCGGGACCUGCGAGAUCCUUAAGCAGAAUGACAUAACACAACAAAUAAACCAAAUGGGGGACAGCAAAUAUUAAAACGGAUGCAUGAGUGCAAGUGCAUCCCAAAAUUAUAUACAAAUUUCGGCGAACGGAGUGAGGGAAACACGGCGCGCUGAAUAAAAAGUUCGCGACAAUAAGACUUGUGCUUGUAUUAGUCUUAAACAUGUCGCGGAUAUUUACGCUUUUUGUGUCUAUUUUACAAGUAAACGGAUUUAUUCUUGAACGAAGUGGUGGUUUUCCAAAGUUUCCCAUUGAUUCGUGCGGUAGCAGAUCAGUUUUUUGGCAUCCUGAACGCGAACCUAGAGUUGUAGGGGGUGAAGAACCGCCCUACGGUGCUAUACCAUGGCAAGUGGAGCUUAAAAUUGGUACUACACAUCAAUGUGGAGGCGCCUUAAUCUCAAGAAGACUAGUUUUAACCGCAGCGCACUGUGUCGUCGAUGGUUUAUCUAUAGUUGCUGGAGCACAUGGCCCUAUAGGUUCAGCACCAUUCGAGCAAACUAUAAAAGUAGAGAAAGCUAUAGCACAUCCAGAUUUUCGAAAACUGGGACCAUACAGCCACGACAUAGCGGUCCUACUUUUGGCCUCUCCAGGAGUCAAAUUAAACAGCUUAGUAAAACCUGCAUGUUUCGCAUACGAAUCUCCACCCCCUGGAACAUGGUGCGAGGUGUCUGGAUGGGGUGCAAGUGACCCCUUAGCUCCAGAAAGACUUUCUCCUGUACUUAAAUCAGCAGCCGUCCCUGUGUUAUCGCUAGAAACUUGCAGGAAAGAUGGCAUUUACGGUGGACGUCAACAACCUAUCUUAGACUCUAUGUUAUGCGCUGGGCAUCUUAAGGGUGGUAUCGACGCAUGCGGGGGCGACUCUGGUGGACCACUGGUCUGCGAAAAAGAUGGCAGGCAUGAAUUAACCGGGAUAGUCUCAUGGGGUGAUGGUUGUGCCAAAAAAGACAGACCUGGUGUUUAUACAAGGGUUUCCAGCUUUUUGCCCUGGAUAAGAGAGUGUGCUGACGACCUAGGAGUGGAUAACGAUUUUUGACAAAG